AUGGCGUCCAUCAUGGAGGGGCCGCUCAGCAAGUGGACAAACGUGAUGAAGGGAUGGCAGUACCGCUGGUUCGUGCUGGACUACAACGCCGGAUUACUGUCUUACUACACGUUCAGAGAAGCUCUCCACCGGCCCUUCGGCCUGGACUCUUCUCUCCUGACGGAGGCGGUGCGCUGGAGUUCGAAGGAGAACCUGUUGGGGGCGACGGAGAGCGACCCAAACCUCUUCGUGGCUCUUUAUGACUUCGUGGCCAGCGGAGACAACACGCUCAGCAUCACCAAAGUCUGUUCUCAGUAUUCAAGAGGGGUCUUCGCCAUCUUUGGCCUUUACGAUAAGCGCUCGGUGAACACGCUGACGUCGUUCUGUGGGGCCCUGCACAUCAGCCUGGUGACGCCCAGCUUCCCCACCGAGGGAGAGGCUCAGUUCACCCUGCAGCUCCGGCCCUCCAUCAGAGGGGCUUUGCUGUCACUUCUGGAUCAUUAUGACUGGAGCCGAUUUGUCUUCCUCUACGACACAGACAGAGGUUAUGCAAUACUGCAGGCAAUUAUGGAGAGAGCGGGGCAGAACGGAUGGCAGGUGAGUGCUAUCUGUGUGGAGAGCUUCAAUGAGGCUGCAUACCGCCGACUCUUAGAGGACCUGGACCGACGUCAGGAGAGAAAAUAUGUUCUUGACCUGGAGCCUGAGAGACUACAGAGCAUCCUAGAACAGGCUGUCAGUGUGGGGAAACAUGUGAAAGGUUACCAUUACAUCGUAGCCAACCUGGGAUUUAAGGACAUAUCUCUGGAGAGGUUCAUGCAUGGCGGUGCCAAUGUGACUGGUUUCCAGCUGGUGGACUUCAGCAGGCCUAUCGUUAUUAAACUGAUGCAGCGCUGGAACAAACUGGAUCAGAGAGAGUACCCGGGAUCUGAAAGCCCACCUAAGUAUACCUCAUCUUUGACAUAUGAUGGCGUCCUUGUGAUGUCCGAGGCCUUCCGCACCCUUCGCCGUCAGAAAAUUGAUAUCAGUCGCCGUGGCAACGCUGGUGACUGCCUAGCUAACCCAGCUGCUCCCUGGAACCAGGGAAUAGAUAUGGAGCGUGCACUCAAACAGGUGCGCAUUCAGGGCCUGACUGGGAACAUUCAGUUUGAUCACUACGGUCGGAGAGUGAACUACACCAUGGAUGUGUUUGAACUGAAGAGCAACGGACCACGCAAGAUUGGCUACUGGAAUGACAUAGACAAACUUGUGUUGGUCCAGAAUGAAAACGUUCUGUCCAAUGACAGCACGUCGAUGGAGAACCGAACAGUAGUCGUGACAACUAUCAUGCCUCUGAUGAUGAGGAAGCCUCUGCUGCGACACUGAUGCCGGGUCUGCAGACAGAGCGACAGGCUCCAAAACCCUCGAAGAGGACAGACUGAUAGACUGAGUGUUUCUAAAGCUCUGUACAAAUACUCAGUGUGCACUUUUUUUCUUUCUUGUAAUGGCUUCUCUUUAUUUUUGGUUUACAAAUGUGAUUUUUAAGUUAUUUCUUUGUUAGGAAAGGGUCUGCAAUGCAUUAGCACAAAAAUAAAGGGCAAAGACUGAUUGAACGGAUGAGAAGGAGAUUCACAGCCACCCUGUGUUGAACCUAUGAGUCACUGGGAUGCUCCUAUCUUUUUGUCACGACAAAAGCCACAGCUGGACUGGAGCUCUGCAAGGAAUUCUGUGGAUUCUGUCAAGAUUUGACAUUUGGCUAGAUAGAAAAAUCUCCAGACCAUGAGGCCCUUUUUAUUCAGACUAUUUUCCCUCCUCAUAAUAAUGACUAACUCCCUUGCUACACUACAGCGAGCCCACAAGAA